AUGACCGGAGCAAUCACAAAUAGUGAAGAGGCAUUUUCGGACGGAGCUACAUCUCCCUCUAGCACAUGGUCGGAAUUGAGUCGUCCAAGCAGCAGCCCAUCCUCGACAUCAAGGACGCAGCUGCCGAACACCAACACACUGGCUCGUCGCCCACUGGUAUCUUCGCACACAUUCCCGAAAUAUAGACGUGAACAGAGUUCGGUAGGCCAAGAGCCGCAGGAAGCGAAGGAAGCAAUACUUCAGCUUUCGCCGAUAGAAAAUCCAACGAAGGCGUUCAGACUGAAGGCGCCUUUGAUAUACGCCACCAAGACGCGCAAUAUUCCACGAUACCAAUUGCAGCGACAGUUCGAUCGUAACGAUUCUGUGCCCAAGUUGCACGUUCGCGCAGUUCCUCUACACGAGACUCGAUCCCUUUCAGUACCAGCUACUCAAGUACUACAAGAUCGGCAAAUCCCUUAUAACGGAGAAGAAACGCUUUACAGCAUGGAUCUAUUUGAGAUGCGCGGUCGAAAAGCCGGAACGCUCCCUGGUAGUGUCCAGAUGACUUCUGGGAAGUCUCUAUGGGGCGGCGAGUGGACGCGCUUCUGGCAUGUUACAAAAUGUAAGGCUAAACACCAUGUUUGUGAUUACAGAGGGGUGUGCGAGCCAGAAAAACAUGUUCUUUAUUGUGUUAAGAAAGGUGUGUGGGAGGAUGCUGAGGGUGUAGUCGUUGCGCAUGAAGAGACGGAGGGGCUGGGAGCAUGGUGUGCCAAUGGACUGCUUGUGGAAACAAGACGUCUAUCAAAUGAAGCAGGACAUGUUUUGGAGAUGACGGAGGAAACUGAGAGAGAUGGAAAGAAACGCGAUUUAGUGAUGGCGUGCUGGGUAAUGAAGCUGUGGAUAGCGGAAGAAGUCCGGUGGGAGGGAAAUUGA